AUGGAGUGGAUUGACAACCCAGCCCCUGAGAAGCAAGCCCUGUGGCUCUAUGGUCCCGCAGGCGCUGGAAAAUCAGCAAUCGGACACUCCAUUGCCAUGAUGCUACAAGAGCGUUCUACUGAUCGCAGAUAUGGCUCGAGUUUUUUCUUUGCAAAGGGAGCUCCUGGACGCGGAGACGGGAACAAGCUAUUUUCCACCAUUGCUCACGAGCUUGCCAUCAAUUUCCCCGAUUACCGUACCAUACUCGAUACCGUCAUGCAGGAGAAUCCUACACUUCCUACCAAAUUGAUCAAUAUCCAACUUCAAAAUCUCAUUAUCAGACCUCUCACCAAAGUGCGCAAUUGGCCGGCCCACCACCCAGUGGUCAUCAUUGACGGCCUGGACGAGUGCUCUGGAGAGAAGCGUAUGCAGGUCGCAAUCUUGUCCACCAUUGCGAAUGCUAUUAUUCAGCAUUGCAUCCCACUGCGCUUCCUGAUUAUCAGUCGUCCAGAGUACUGGAUAGCCGAUGUGUUCGAGACCGGGUGUUUCAGCUCUAUCGUGAAACGCGUUUCUUUGCGAGACGACCUUGAAGCCGACGCUGGAAUAAAAACCUACCUACGCAGUGAAUUUAAUAGGAUAUAUGAAGAAAACAUCGAAAUAAUGCAUUCUGUCCAUCGGCCAUGGCCCGAGGACCACCUCAUCGACCGAUUCGUUAGGUCUGCCUCUGGACAAUUUGUUUAUGCAUCCACCGUCGUAAAAUUCAUUGGUGAUUCCCUACACUGUGACCCCCUCGAACAGCUUCGAAUAUUGAUCAGACCUGGUCCUCAUGACGCUCUGGCAUUCUCCGAACUAGACCAGCUGUAUGCCUCCAUUUUGUCAUCGUAUCCACGAUGGGACGCGCUUAAACGUGUUCUGGGCGCCAUUUUGUGCACGCCUUACAGCAACUCGGAAAGUGUCAUGGAGUUCAUUUUUAAUGUUUCUCCUCCAGAGCUGCGCCAAAUUUUGCGAUCCAUGCGAUCUUUGAUUUGCACAACAGAAUCCAAAUGUUCUCCACUUUUACAAAGACUGAUACCAACGUUUGGUACCCCGAGAUAUGAUACACCAUGGCUUUCGUUCCAUCACCUAUCAUUUGAAGAAUUUAUAAAAGAUUCUUCUAGAUCCGGGAAAUUUCUGGUCAACGAAUGGUCCACGUCGAUUCACGCAUUUUGUGUUAUUAUACGGCACUUGAUAGAAUUGCUACACGGCAAUCCUGACAUUGAUCGAAUAAUUAAUCGCCUCGUGGAACUUCCAAGCUCAGACAUGGAUAUUAUUAUCCAAGAGCUCAAAUAUCUACACGAAGCACUUGAAGGGGUAUUAUCCGAAGCAGACAGAAAAAUACCUCGAUCAAAGCACACAUUGUGGCUCCUUUCAACGUUCCAGAGAUGUAUACUACGGGAUCAGAGUUGGAGGGAAUCGACACCAGCGCAAGGAUUAAAGCCUCUACUGGAUCUACUGCAAUCACUUCAACGACCUGUUAUGUUGGCAUUGACCAUCUCAGCCCAGCAGGUUCUCGAGGCUACCUCUCUUGACGGGCCCAUUCUCGGGUAUCUUGUUAGGCAAAGCUGGCGGAGGGAUACAUCAUCUUUUGACAUCCUGGACAUAGGCGCAGAAAUGCAUAUUACGAAUGAUGCCAUUGUAUCAGAGCUCCAAGACAUGCACGGUAUUGUCAAUAUCUUCUGUUACAAAGAUCGGGGACACGUGGAAAUCAUUCUCGAUGUAUUCGAAAAGGAGAUUGACAAAGUAUCGAGGACAUACCUACCUCCAGCCCUAGUAGCAGAGUGGGAAACUCCAGGUCUGGUUCGUGUGAUCGAACUUCUUAAUCAACUCUUCAACGGGACGGAAGCUACGCUGGAUUCCCCAUUGAACGAAGUGCUGCCUAAGCUUCCCCAAUACUUGCCGCAAUUUGCGAACGCUUCAUUGGGUUGGCUUCACAGACAAUUGACCGGAACAAAUAGGCAUGUACUCGAGGAACACGACAGUAUGCUUAUUGUAAAAUUCGAAGCGGCUGCUAAAACCACAUUUUCCGCACUCAUAUCACUGUACAUCGAACACUCGUCGUACUUCCUUACUGCCAAAGAUUCCGGAAGGCAGUACAACCACCACAUUAUGGGUAUAUCUCCGACGCUCAACGGAAAAUACAUUCUUUCGGAGAAUAUAAGAGCUGGAGGUGGUACCAGUGAGUUGUGGCUCACAUGGAUUCGUCUCUUCCACUCGGUGUUGGAGAUUAACCAAUUACUGGGUACCCGACACCCUGUUUUGCCCAUCGUAGCCUUGGAUUGGUAUCCCCAUCUUGCCACAUUUCUUCUCAAUGUACUUGUAUCAAAGCACUAUGGCAGCUUGGACCAAGGUGGUAGAGUAUACUGGAUGGACUUCCGAGAUAAACAUUUCCUAUCAUUGCUCCAGUGCAUGCCUUACGCAAUCCCAACACAAGAGAACCUAACGAAGAUUAGGUUACUGCACUAUAUCUGGCAUAAACUGGAUCGUAAAUAUCGAUGGAGACCUCCGUCUGGAUUCUGUGACUUGACAAUGCAAUUUUUGGGGAAAUACAACCACAAAUAUUUUUGUGGGAUGGAGUACGACCGGUUGAAAUCUUGGUUAGUGAAACUUAAGGCCACAGAGUCCCACAAAAUUCUCGAUGUUCCUCUUGAUUAUCCCUUUCAUUAUGAAGAGUACACGACAGAUGAGGAGGGGUAG